AAUGUUCAAAGUCGGCAUUGUGAGCGUCUCAUUCAAGAACCGCCAUUCAGGAUACUGGCAACCACACAUCAAGUACAGGGACAGCUCACGCAUUCGCCAUACUUAGCACCUCGUAUCUGAGUCAUAAUUCAUUCGACUUUCAGGAUAGUUGCCUUCCCCCGAUACCAGUCGAAGCCACCGGGUCAAUCUGGACCAUCUGAGCUGAAGUCUCACGACACUCGCCGUAGACUCACCCACCACACACACACACACACACGGCUGCCUAUCAUGGCGCCCGCCCACUCACCGGCACAAGGCCAGCCUGGCACAGACGACCCAAGGCAGAAAAGGCGAUCAAGGGUGGAAAAGCUGCCUCGCCUUCCUGAAGGCUCCAAGAUCCAGAAGCGCGCGCUCGCACGCCCGCAGCAGCCCGUCUCGUCCAACUCGAGGUACAUCUGCGUCGGCGCAAAGUGCUCCUUCAUGUCCGUCGUCUCGCGCGUCCGCGCCCAGCUCGAUAAGUCGCUCAAGCACACGGCGCCGUCAACGCGCGGCCUGAACCUGAACCAGCGCGUCGACCUGCUGCACCGCGACGGCGGGACCAAGGGCCGCGACGGCCAGGCCGUGGUGCUCGGGGCCGGGAGGGCCGUCGAGAGGGUCCUGGCGGUCGCCGCGUGGUUCGCGGAGCAGAGCGACUGCGUCGUCGAGGUGCGGACCAAGACGGUGCGGGUCGUGGACGACGUCGUGCUCGAGGGCGAGGAGGAGGGAGGGUUCGAGGACGAGAGCCGGGUGAGGAAGGUGAGCGGGCUGGAGGCUAUUGUGAGGUUGAGAUGAGGCCCUGGAACGGCAUUCCGCUUGUGAGAGGUCCGUUUGCGGCAGGCGGGAGGAGUGAGACCGUCAGGAGGCAGUGAUAUCCCAUUUGAUGAGACCCAGGCGAGGCUCAUCAUGAGUUCACUUGCUUGGGGACUUGGGAAAGUUAUGAUACCCGGCCACCAGGCCUCAAUACACCAGGGGUGGAAUGCGGACAGUUUUGUCCCGUCAUUUUAGUCUUCAGCGUGCUACAAUUCUUCAUCUUCUUCGUCUUCUUCGUUGUUCCUGAGCCUCAAGACGGGCAUACCCGGAUAUCACAGCUCACAUCGCAGCAACAGGUCCAGAUAGCCGGAAUCUUUGUUAAUGUCAAUAA